GCCACGAUUGCUACCGCGGCCACUAGUUCAGUCAAUUUUCAUCCGUGCACUCUGUUGCGUCUAUAUUUGUUAACAGACACUACUCAUCAAUUGUGCUUUUACUUCUUUUCAUAAUUAUUUUAGUUCAAAUAAAAAGUACGACAUUUUCCCUAAUUUUCGUUAUUGUUGCAUUUAUUUCACAAAAAUACUCGUUAUUUUCUGGAAAUGGCUCGUUCCUUGGCGAGAUUUGGAAAACUAAUCAGUGUGAACUUCAACAACACUGUUGUGCCAUCGCUUUCUGUGACAUCGGUCCGGAAUAGAUGUUCAGAUGCAAGAAUUCAAGCCGUCAAGCCCGUCGUCGAGAUGGACGGUGAUGAGAUGACAAGAAUCAUUUGGCAAUUCAUCAAAGAGAAGCUGAUUUUCCCCUACGUAAAGGUUGAAUGUCUCUACUACGAUCUAGGUCUACCGUACAGAGAUCAAACUAACGAUCAGGUGACGAUCGAUGCUGCAUAUGCAGUUUUGAAACACAAUGUAGGGAUCAAGUGCGCUACAAUCACUCCAGACGAGCAACGGGUGAAGGAGUUUGAAUUAAAGAAGAUGUGGCUUAGUCCUAACGGAACCAUUCGUAACAUUCUGGGUGGAACCGUGUUUCGUGAGCCGAUUCUGUGCAAAAACAUUCCGCGUCUGGUACCCGGGUGGACUAGACCUAUCAUAAUCGGUCGUCACGCUCAUGGUGACCAAUACAAAGCAAUGGACUUUGUUAUAACUAAACCUGGCACCGUUAAGCUAGUCUUCGAUGGCAACGAUGGUAGUUCUGAAGAGUAUCAACUUUUUAAAUAUACAGGAGGUGGCGUUGCUAUGGGAAUGUAUAACACCGACGAGUCAAUUACGGCCUUUGCGCACUCGUCAUUCCAAAUCGCACUGGCUAAAAAAUGGCCAUUAUAUUUGUCCACCAAAAACACCAUCUUGAAACGAUAUGAUGGUCGUUUCAAGGAUAUUUUCCAAGAAGUUUAUGAGAAGAACUACAAAAAGCAAUUCGACAAUGCCAAAAUUUGGUACGAGCAUCGUUUAAUCGAUGAUAUGGUGGCCCAGGCUCUAAAAUCGGAUGGUGCAUUUGUAUGGUCCUGUAAGAACUACGACGGAGACGUUCAGUCUGAUAUUAUAGCCCAAGGAUAUGGGUCUCUUGGGCUGAUGACUUCGGUUUUGGUAUGUCCAGACGGUAAAACCAUCGAAUCGGAAGCAGCGCAUGGAACGGUUACGCGUCAUUACAGAGAACACCAAAAGGGUCGACCAACGUCAACAAACCCGAUUGCGUCCAUCUUUGCAUGGACCCGGGGUUUAGAACACCGUGCAAAGUUGGAUAAUACUCCCGAACUAAGUCGCUUUGCUACUGCUCUGGAGCGCGCAUGCAUUGACUGUGUUGAAGCUGGAAAUAUGACAAAAGAUCUUGCAAUUUGCAUUCAUGGAAUGAAAAAUAUCAAGGAAGGCAUGUAUCUCAACACACAAGACUUUUUAGAAGCAAUUGCUAAACAGCUGGAACGAUCAUGGACAAAAUAAAUUUAGCGUCUUUUAGAGCUAAGUGCGAAUAAAAUUAAUAAAAUGGAGACUACCUAUUUAAAACAA